GCCGACGGGCCCAGCAACAUGUCCUACGUGAAGGAGACUGUGGACAGGCUGCUCCAAGGCUACGACAUCCGCCUCCGCCCGGACUUCGGAGGUCCGCCCGUGGAUGUGGGCAUGCGGAUAGAGAUCGCCAGCAUCGACGUGGUCUCGGAAGUCAACAUGGACUACACCCUGACCAUGUACUUUCAGCAGUCCUGGAGGGAUAAAAGGCUCUCUUAUUCUGGAAUACCUUUGAACUUAACUCUGGACAACAGAGUGGCUGACCAGCUCUGGGUGCCGGACACGUAUUUCCAAAAUGACAAGAAAUCAUUUGUCCAUGGGGUGACAGUGAAAAACCGAAUGAUUCGACUCCAUCCAGAUGGGACAGUCCUUUAUGGCCUACGGAUCACAACAACAGCUGCUUGCAUGAUGGAUCUACGCAGAUAUCCUCUGGAUGAACAAAACUGCACGCUAGAAAUUGAAAGUUAUGGAUACACUACUGAUGAUAUUGAAUUUUACUGGAAUGGAGGAGAGGCAGCAGUAACAGGAGUUAAUAACAUCGAGCUCCCGCAAUUUUCUAUUGUGGAUUACAAGAUGGUAUCAAAGAGAGUGGAAUUUACAACAGGAGCAUAUCCUCGACUAUCACUUAGCUUCCGGCUUAAAAGAAAUAUUGGAUACUUCAUUUUGCAAACCUAUAUGCCUUCCACACUGAUCACAAUUCUGUCAUGGGUGUCUUUUUGGAUCAAUUAUGAUGCCUCUGCAGCCAGAGUUGCUCUAGGAAUCACGACUGUGCUGACCAUGACCACCAUCAGCACCCACCUCAGGGAGACCUUGCCAAAGAUUCCCUAUGUCAAGGCAAUAGAUAUUUACCUGAUGGGAUGCUUUGUGUUUGUGUUCCUGGCCUUGCUGGAAUAUGCCUUUGUAAACUACAUAUUCUUUGGGAAAGGACCUCAACGUCAAAAAAAGACAGCAGGCAGAGCAGGACGUGCUACAGGAGAGAAGGGCAGACUGGAAACAAAUAGAGUCCAGGUGGAUGCCCAUGGAAACGUGCUGGAACCACGUGAACUACAAAAUAACAUUUGCAGGAUCUUCCAUGACCCCCCAGCCACCACGUACGUGUGCAACAGUGCCAACCUGCAGUACAGAAGAGCCGCUUCCAGCAGAGACCUCUACAGCAGGAGCGCUCUGGACAGACACAGGCUCCAUAAAAAAGGACACUUACGCAGGAGGGCAUCCCAGAUCAAAGUCAAAAUCCCUGAUUUGACUGAUGUUAACCUGAUAGACAAGUGGUCCAGAAUGGUCUUUCCCAUCAUGUUCAUUCUCUUUAAUGUUGUUUACUGGCUGUAUUAUGUCCACUAA